AUGGACCAUCAUGCUCCUUCAAGCAUGAACGGCGAUAAGGACCUCACCACUACUGCAUAUAGUACUACUGAUGAAAAGGCUACGACAACCCUGAAUGAUACGAUCGACGCUGUUCGAAAGCAAGUAAACCGAAAGCUUGAUACUCGUUUUGUUGUGUGGGCGUUCUUGGGAUUGUUUGGCAUGCAUCUGGAUCGAACCAACUUGCCUAAUGCCUAUGUCAGUGGGAUGAGAGAAGACCUGAGCCUUGCAUCUGCAGCAUACAAUUGGGCGAAUACAGCCAAUAACAUUGGAGCCACAGUAUUCAUGAUCGGGGGGAGCUUGAUUUUGCCUAGGAUAUAUCCUCGAUGGGUAUUUCCUUCUUUGACUAUUCUAUGGGGCGUGAUUCAAUGUUGCAUGGCAUUCGUGACCAACCACCAAGGUCUUAUCGCCUUACGUUUCUUUCUGGGAGCUGCACAAUCGAUUUUUCAGCCGGGCAUGAUUUAUCUUUUGGGUGCAUGGUAUACGCAAGCGGAGAUUUCAAAGCGUGUCAAUGCAUUUAGAUCUGCAAUGAGCAUAGCUUCGGCCGUUGGCGGUCUUAUAGCAGGUGGUAUUGUCCAAACCAUUGCCGAUCGUGGUGGAUUACGUGCAUGGCAAUGGAUAUUUCUCGUUGAAGGUCUGAUCUCAGUGGUUAUUGGUCUUGCUGGUUACUUUGUGGUACCCAAUUACCCUCAUCAAGACACAUCAUGGAUCACUGACAACGAGCGAUUGAUCACCCUAAAUACACAAUCAUCACGUGAUGUGGCGAUUUCAUCCACACGUUACAAUUGGAAGACGCAAGUAUCGCUAUGGUUCUUUUUAUUGCUAUACUCGUUUCUAAACAUUCCUUUACCUAUACAUAGGUUUAAGAAUGUCAUUGGCUCACCAUAUGCAUUGAUCCUUACGGUGAUGACGAUCACAUUUACGAUUGUAGCGAAGUUUCCAGUGAUGUUUGUCAUCAUCCUCAAGGAUAUGGGCUAUGACGAAGCUUUUGCUAAUUACAUGUCCACGCCCUUGAAUGUAUUUGCUGGACUUGUCUGUAUUGCCAUUGGAUGGAGUGCGGAUAGGUUUAAUGACUGUGCAAUCCAUUUGGGUGUAUUGAGUGCAUGGAUGACCAUUUGGAGUGUGGCUCUUGCAGCGGUGAAUCGUGGAGACAACCCAGCUGUCUUGGUCUUUUUAGCUGCGUAUGCGCUAGAGUUGACGACUGUUGCUAUAUCACUUUGCUUUGUCUGGGCCCUGAUUAUCUACAAAGCUGAUCCCAAUGCGCGUGCGUUAGCGGUUUCCCUAGUGGGCGGUAUUGGAUUCCUCGUUCCUGCAUUUAUGCAAGUCAAGCUAUGGGUGGUUACUGACUCCCCCGUAUUUUGGCUCGGCAAAAUUACCAGCGUGGGCUUUGGUUGUGUAGCAAUGAUAGCUGUAUUACUGGUGUGGUUCCUUUUACGCAUCCAAUUCAGAAUCCCCCAAGCGACCGCUGAUGGGUCGUUGAACACUGAAAAAGAAAUAAAACGAGAUGAUGUAGCUACCGCUUAA